AGCUCGGGCGAGGAAUUCUAAUCUCCGGCGAUGCCAAAUCCAAUACCAUCCUCUACACCAACGGUCGCUCCGUCAUCAUUAGGUACCUCGACCAACCCUUCAAAGUCGAUGUCUACGGCGAGCACGGCUACCCUGUCACCGUCGCUCGCUACUCCCCCCACAAAGAUUUGGGGUGUCCGUAACAGCUUCGUCCUCCACAACGAGUUUUGCAUCCUCUCCGGCCGAAUCGACGAUCUGCAAUGGUCCCCUAAUCAACUGAGGAUCGUCAUCUCCGGCGACGACAAGGGAAAAUACUUCGUACGUGCUUUCGUGUGGGAUUCGAGUAGCACCGUGGGGGAAUUCGACGGAAAUUCGAAGCGAGUGUUGAGCUGUGCGUUCAAG